AUGUCCUUGAGAACAUUUAUAUUGUUAUGCUUGUUGUAUAUAGGAUAUUGUAAAGAAUCAGGUGAAAAACAUCUGACAAUUCUUACAUAGUCAAUAGGAUCUAUGUUAGUUUCUGAAAUUGGAGACAAAGUAUAUCUAUAUUUUGAGAUAAAAAUAGACUUUCUUCUUAGCAGCAAUUUUGUCGAUGAAGUUCAAUAGACUAGCUGUUUUUGCUGGAGCAAUAGCAGCUCUAGUCUUAAUGACAGGAAUCAGUUGUGCUUUUGGUAUAAUAGUUCCAACUCUUUUGCCCCGCUUUUAUACUGCAAUAGUCGUGACGAUUAUAUUUUACUUCUUUGGAGCGAAAUUACUCUUCGAUUGGUAUCAUAUGGAGAAUGACGGGGAUAAAGAAGAAUUGAAAUAAGUAGAAAUGGAGCUUGAAGAAUUAGACAAAAAAUUACUGAGUAGCCACAAAAUUAUAGAUCCUGAAAAUCCCUCAGAAGGACAAAAAACAAGUAAAAUACAUGUAGAUAGAGUUAGAUUUGGCAGCUGUGGUGCCUAUUCAAUAAAUUGUAUGGUAAGCUUUUAUCAUGACCUUUUUGGGAGAAUGGGGUGAUAGAAGUUAGAUAACUACCAUAAGUUUAUCUGCAGUUUAAGAUACCGAUAUCGUGUUUCUAGGAUGCAGCUUAGGCCAUUUAAUGUGUACUACAAUAGCUAUACUUGGAGGGAAACUUUUGGCUAACUAAAUCUCUGAAAAGACCGUUAAUUUAGUUGGAGGAACUGUGUUUAUAAUUUUUGGGUUGAUGCAUACUUAUGAUUUAAUGACAGGACACUUAGAUUGA